UUAAAGGUCUGGGAUAUAAAAGUCACCUGCUGAAAGUCAGACGUGAACCGCUGAAGCAAACUAAAGUGUAAAAGAGGGGUGAGAUACUUUUGCUUUCAUUUGGCAGGCGGCAUCGCAAGGACGUUAGCUAAAAGGCAAUUGAAAAUGAAAAGAGUCUCAAGGGUCGCCAUCUAUCUGUGCGUCCUUAUCGCUUUGAGCGAGUUUGGGCCGGCACACUUCCGCCGUCUUCAUGCAGAAAAACGGGCUUUAAGCAAGAAAGAGCAACACAAGAGGGGAUGGACUGGAGCAGUGGCAACUCUUGGGAAAUACAUCUUUAAAGUGGUAGAGCUCAGUGCUAAGUACUUUAGCGAUAUAUCCUCCGUCGUUGCACUUGUAUCAACCAUCUACGACGUCGUCAACAAAUGUGAGAAUACGGAGUAUGGUGCAGAAGCAAAACAAUACACAGAUCAGGCUAAGAAGAUUACUGAAAAAAUCAACGCAGGAAGCCAGCGAAUCAACGCUCUCCAACUUGAAACCGAAAAUUUACAGAUCCAGAUUGAAACUCUAAAUUAUCAUUUCAAUCAAACUCUGGAUGAGAUGGAAGAAGCUGGUUACCUUUCUCAGAGACUUUUGGAAAUUAUAAACCCUGAUGUCGUGGGUGCCCUCGACAACGCCACCAUCGACUUGCAGAAACAAAUCACAGCAGCGGAAAAUAUCGAGAAGCCUGUUGACUAUGCAACAGUUUCAAAGACAUACGUUAAGAGAAUCGACAAGGUUGUGAACAUUGCUGUACCUGUCAUCUCGUUACUUAUACCACGUAUACCUAAAAUUAUCAAAUUUGGAAAAACCCGCAUGGAGACUUUUAAGUCUUUAAAGCUUGUUGAAAAAUUCCCAAGCAUCAAGCUUCCAUCAAUAAAUACCAAGCCAUUCAAAGCCUUCAGUAGCUGGUUUGCGAAACCAAAAGCCUUUAUUUCUGCUGCAAAAAAUAAGCUGAGAGGAAAACUAAAGACUACCUAUGAAAAAGCUGCAAAAUAUGUUGAAAAAUUCGGGAAAGCUUUCGGUGUGUUAUCAAAUCUAGUAUUUGCAGCAUAUAACAUAUACACCAUCGUGUCGAACUUUGGACAAAAGCAGUGCAUGCAAACACGCGACGAAUCCAAAAAGGCAUUGGACAAACUGAAAGAAGCCGAAGCAAACUAUGAUGAAGUUUUGGCAAACGCAACAAGUGCAAAAGAAGAAAUGAUCAGAAUAAAAGAUGAGGUGGUUGCGCAAAUUUCCAACGAGACUUUUAUAGAAGAUUUAAAGAGUAUGAAAACGAAUAUGGAGGACAUUCAAGGCGAUGGCAAUGGCAUGCAAGAUAUGAUCGACGCAACAGAUGCAUACAUUCAAAACAUACCCGGCAAUGACAAAAUCGGGGAGGUUGGAAGUUUGAUGCAAAAUCUUUACGAAAAUGCAAUAGGAACACUCCCUUUUAUCUACAGAUGUCUCAAUGACAGAGUGGCACUUAUUGGCUUCGUUGCCGGAGAAUGUAAAACAGGAAAACGUACCCUAGAAGAAGCAAUACAAGCCGGGAGAACACUCUUCAACCUAGAGAUUGAAACAUGCAAUAAGCGCACAGGGAUCCCAUACUUCAGCGAUGAAGAACUUCAAAGGAUGAUAAAUCAAGCAUCGGUAGAUCAAGGCUUUAACAAGGAAUGCAAACUCAACGACAAAUUCACUACCCAAUCAAUUUGUUCAGCCAAAUGUGUACCAAAAGAUGCUAAUAAAAUAAGCACAGACCUUGGUUUACCUUUGGAUGCGGUAAACGAAAUACUGAAGGAUUGUCCUGAUUGCGAAAUAACAGACAAUUUCAAAGCUGCCAUUUGUGACAUGAUACAAAAAGGACAAUCACCGGAACAAGUUCAAAGUAUUUUCAAGCAGUUUACAGUUGAGCAGAUCAACGCACUUUCUUGUUAGACAGACUAAAUGCAGCAUUCAAAGCAGAUCAAAAAAACCUCAGCUAGAACGUAUUGGAAUCCCUAUCAGGACCUCGAAAAGACACUGUUGAUAUGUAGAAAUCUCUGUAGUCACGAAAAAUAAAAAUAUUUAAAAGCACAA